AUGGCUGAAUAUAUGUUAGGUACAUCACCUCACAGGGAACUUGUUGAACGUGGUCUGUCUAACAGAUACUCUAGUGUAAACGACGGAGAUCGAUCUAAGUUGCUGUUGAACAGUGUUGCUGCUGGGUUUGAAGAUACAAAUCCAGAUUCAACUACAAACUGUGGAAUCAAUGGCAACAUUAGCAAUGGAUUGAAGAAUAAAUUAUACAGACUCCAAUCAGGGCCUCAGUUAUUCAACCAGAUGCACUCGCCAACAAGCAAUGAUCUCACUUCAACGAUUAUCCCCCUGAUUAAUUCAGGCGGCCAGUCAAAGCAGCCGGGAAUUACUUCUCUUCUGAUCAGAUGCUGGAUGCGACUCACAUGCAUCUCCCUCCCUGCAUGGUUAAUUUUCAAGAUCAAUUUGUUGGCAUGCCUAUUGCUGGGCCGAUGGUUUCUCCCUCUUACUACAAUGUGCCUGGUCAUUGGCCGGUCUACCCCUUUCAAAACAGCCCUCCUCUUCCUCAGCCUCAAAACAACCAGCCAGCAGGCAAGUAUCACGUAUGUCUGCCAAGACCUAAUCUACGAGACACAUCACACCCCAACAGAUUCGGGACAGUUGCUGAUUAGUGGUGGCAGGGGUUUGGAACCUCUCGUUCGACUCGUCUCUCUUGGACUCCUCAUGGACAACACAGCUACUCCUGCUUCAAAUCAGACAAAUAGUUCAGGAUUGUUCACGUCAGCCCAACCGAGUUCAACAGUUUUCAAACCCCGUCUACAUACCUGGUUCAACUCUAUCUCUGGCUUUUCUCAGUUUGUUGCUGCAGGCGACCAUCAGAUUUUUGAAAAAUCCCGUGAAAAUAUAGAAAAAAUUAUUGUGCUCUCCAACAACAACCUGGACAAGCUGCUGGAUAAGUCAUACUGUAACUUAACAAAAACUAUUGAACAAUCUAACGACAAUUUACGUAAAUCACUUGCUCAUUCUGAAAAUUUAAUGAGCAAGCUCUUUGAAACAACUUUUUUAAAAAUUGAGUCAUUAAGCAAUAGUUUCGAGCUUGCGUUAACAGCAUUUAUUAAAACGUGGCUCACUCCAAAUGAUCUUGACAAUCUGUUUUUGCCUCUUGGUUUUGGUUUUGUUCGAAAAGAUCGUGGAACACGGGGUGGCAGCGUGGCUUUCAUCAUUAAAGAUACUGUUUUCUACAUAGUCGUUUCAGUACCAUCUAUGUGUUUCCAUAAUGAGAUUGUCUCUAUUGAUGUUCCUACUUCAACCAUAAAUUGUCGCUUUAUCUCCUACUACCGUAGUGGUGGUUUUGACGUUUCGGCGAAACAAUAUGCUUUCGAUAGUGUACGAUGUAUGAAAAAACUCUGCAGAGUGUACAGAGAAGAUUUACAAAGUUUAUCCCGUCUCUACAUCAUCUCUUAUACCUGUCUCGACUGCAUGCAGUUGGAAUGCAUACUUUGGAACGUCGGAGCACCUCCAGAUCCGGAACUGUUCAGUUUUGAGCACGUCCCGACCCAAACGGCUAACUCUAAGCCACUUCAGGGUGUCAAACUACCAACUUCUUCUACGGAAUGGACUGAGGCAAAUGCAUACUUCUAG